AUGGGAGACUGCGGACCAGCUGUGCCAUCAAUCCAUACUCAAGUUGCUAGGCGUCCUUCACUACCUUCUGCAGACUCGGAUGAGAUCACUGUUCUUGUCACUGGAUUCGGUCCUUUCAAGACUAAUCUCGUCAACGCCUCGUACUUGAUCGCCUCGUCCCUUCCUCCUUCGUUUACCUUUACUGUUCCACAAAGCUCAUCUACAUCCCUGGACGGGUGGGUCCCUACGACUCGUCGAGUGUUCAUUCAUGUCCAUCCGAACCCUAUCCCGGUCGCUUAUUCCACGGUCCAUUCAGACGUCCCUUCCAUAGUCGAUGAUUAUGCUAAGGCGCACGGCGGUCGACGACCAGAUAUUGUCAUCCACAUGGGCAUAGCAGCAACGAGACAAUACUACUCGGUCGAGACAAAGGCACACCGAGACUCGUAUCUCAUGUCGGAUAUCGAAGGGCGAACUGGUUACGAAGAUGGAGAGAAACGAUGGAGAGAGCUCGAUCUGCCUCCCGUGCUGCAGGCGGGAAGAUCGGCCGAUUUCCUGACUGUCUCGGACAUAGUAGAAGAAACACAUGAUCAAGUGGUACCUCCAUUGUCGCAGGCUGUACAGUCUUCCUGGAACCCUCACCCACCGAACGACAAGUUCCUCAAUGUAUGGAAGUCAUUUGCUGCGGGAGCCGACGUCCGGAUCUCAGAAGAUGCCGGACGUUAUCUCUGUGAAUUUAUCUUCUACACCAGUCUGGCACAUGCCUUUAGACAAGGCCAGGACCGGAACGUGGUGUUCUUGCAUGUCCCUGGUGCCUAUAAUGAUCGAGCUGUCCAGACCGGGAGAGAGGCUACCAUUGCAUUGAUCAAGGCCCUAAUCACAUGCUGGGCGGACGGGACGAUGUAA